AUGACUAAACAAAUUGUUCUUAUCACUGGUUGCUCCAAAGGUGGCAUAGGCUAUGCCCUUUCUCAAAAGUUUGCCCAAGAAGGACAUCAUGUCAUUGCAACCACCCGCAAUGUGGAUGCAUUGGAGGGAUUGGAAGCAUUUGGAUGUGAAAAGGAAGCCUUGGAUAUCAAUGAUCAAAAUUCAAUCAAUACAGUCGUUCAGAAAGUCAUUGAUAGAGUAGGCCAUAUUGACGUGUUGGUCAAUAAUGCAGGUGCACCUGCUGUAGGUGCAUUGAUGGACAUUGACUUGCAAGUAGCACAUCAGUGUGUGAAUACCAAUGUGUUUGGUACGCUUGCCAUGUCAAGGGCUGUUGCUAUUCAUAUGGCAAAGCAAGGCUCCGGUAAGAUUGUCAACAUUGGCUCUGUUGUUGGCUAUGUUAGCACACCUUGGGCCGGUAUCUAUGCUCUCUCUAAGGCUGCUGUGCAUUCCAUGUCGGAUACCUUGCGACUCGAGUUGAAGCCAUUUGGUAUUCAAGUGGUUGUUGUUGCUCCAGGUGCUAUUAAAUCAAACUUUGGUAAUGCUGGUGCUAAAAUUGUGAAUGUUCCUGAAGAUUCUCUCUAUGCCUCUAUCGCCAAGUUUAUCAUUGCUCGUGCCAACAUGUCUCAAAGUGCUGGUAAUACUCCCAACGAAGUAUUCGCUAGACAUGUCGUCAAAAAGAUUACUCAGCCUGUAUCCCCCAAAUACAUUACGUACGGUGCUACUUCUUGGGUGUUCCUCUUAUUCUACUAUCUCCCAUUCUUUAUCAAAGACCUGAUCUUUUACAGAAAGUUUGGCUUGAAUCAAUUAAAGCCAAAGAAAGACUAA